GCGAACACCAGUAGCUCAAAUUGACAUGUCGCUGGCAGUCCCACAUUGUAUUGCCACUAACCACCGUUCAGUUUCGGGGUAAGUACCCAGCGGGACGAGUAGUCGUUUAUCUUUAGCAUAAACUAGCACAUUUUGCGGCUUGACGCUUUCCCCGCACCAAUUGACUAAGCGGCGUCGGAUUCGGGCGUGACGAAAACAGCGCACGUUCGGCGCGGCGCUCAAAGUGGCCCACGCCGCCCCGGGCUCCCAAUCUUAUUCCUACCUCAUUGCAACACUAUCUGCCAAAAUGCCCAAGGAUCGAUACGGCGCCAUCCGCCACUUAUAUGUCUCAAGAGGAUGAUGACCGCGGCGGUGUGGUCUCUCUUUGCAGCUUGAUCCUCGCCCGCAGAAGAAAGCAGCCGCCAAGCAAUUGGCGGCACGGCCCCCCGCUGGAGCAAGCGGCUGGCCAGGGUCACAACCCGCCGGAGCACGGUUCACACCUUCCGGUAUGCGGCGCGAAAGCUCCAUUCGCCCGCAAUUACCGCUGGCCAUACUACGAAAGUUCCAAGAGGGCGUACUCUGUGGAGCCCUGGCAGCAGGGCCUUGCCGCCAUCCGAAUGGGCGGAUGCGGUGGAGCACGCGACUAG